AUGCGUGUAUGGAUAACAUCUUCAAAUAAUUCUCGUUUAUUUCUUGAAUAUGAUAUUCAUCUUGAUGAUUCUCUUAUUCCUGAUGAACAGAAAAAUGAAGUUAAUAAAGAUAAUAAUAGUCUUUGGCUUGAAAUGUUUGGUUAUGAAUUUACUGAUACUGAUGAGAAAAAUAAUAUUCAAGAGAAUUAUACAAAAUUUGUAUUAAUCGAUAAGAAAAAACGUAUUUCAUUGACUAAAUCAUAUAAUAAAUUAAGUAUCAUACGUAUGUAUAAUAUUAUUCAUGCAAUUCGUACUGAAAAACAAGCAUCAUUAGUAUAUUUACAACGAUUACAAAAAUGUGUCGAUGAAAAUAAUGAUUAUUUAGCAAAAAUAAAAGAACGUGAAUCACGUCAAUUACGUAUUGAAAAUCUAAAAAAAUAUUUACAUUUUCAAACAUAUUUAUAUCAACAACGUUUAAAUGCUUAUCAAGAAAAACAAAAAAAUAUUGAAGAAAGAAAAAAUCAAUUAAAUCAUAAUUUAUCACAAUUAACUAUUCAACAAGAAGUUAUUCAUUUAUAUAAUAAUAAUUUAAAUCAAUCAAAGUCCACUCUUCAACAUUUAACACAAGUAAUUUCUUACCGACAAAAAGAAAUCAUGAAUGAAAUCUAUCAUUAUAUUUAUCCAAUUGAAAAUGAUAAUCAAAAUGAAUAUUAUAUAGCGAAUAGUAAAUUAUUACAAGCCGGUAUUAAAAUCUAUCAAUCAGUAUUGUGUUUGUAG